UUUGCUUGCACUCGCGCGAGAGUUAGCGCAACACCACAAAAUGGCUAUGCGGCCGAUCACAGGAAAAACAGUGGUUGUCACUGGUGGCAGCAGGGGCAUUGGUUUAAGCCUUGUAAAGGGCUUCCUGGCGCGAGACAACGUGGUCAUCGCAACCAGCCGCAAGGUGUCUGACGCCGCGGAGCUGCAGCAGCUGCGGCAGCAGUACGGCCCGGCGCGGCUGCACCUGUCCGACCUGGACGCCUCCAGGGCGGCCUCCAUCGCGCAGUGGGCGGAGGGCGUCAAGGGGGCGGGCGUCAAGCACGUGGACGUGCUGGUGAACAACGCGGGUGUGUACGGGCGGCGGCUGGACCUGCAGGAGUUCACGGAGGCGGACUUCCUGCUGGCCUUCCACACCAACACACUGGGGCCCUUCUUUGUGGUGCAGCAGCUCCUCAAGCAGGGCCUGCUGGGCCUGCCGCCUGUGCCCGCCCCCACCGAGCCUGGCGCCCCCCCGCCUCCCGCCCCCGCCCCCGUGGCGCUGGUCGCCAACAUCAGCUCCAUCAUGGGCUCCAACACAGACCCUACCGUCAGCACAGUCACCAAGGGCGGCUUCGCGUACAGGGCCAGCAAGGCCGCGCUCAACGCCAUCUCCACCACCCUGGCCCGCGACCUGGCGCCCAGCGGUGUGGAGGUGGUGGCGAUGCACCCGGGAUACGUGCGCACCCAGCUGUCGGGCGGCAACGGCUGGAUCGACGCGGAAGAGAGCGCGGCGGGGCUGAUCGGCGUCAUGGAGAGCGGCGUGGCGCUCAACGGCCGGUUCCUGACGUACAAUGGCGAGGAGAUCCCUUGGUAGAUGUGGCGUGGGGAGACGCAUUUGGGGGAAAGAAGGGCGCUGGCGUGCGAUGGGUUGGCAGGGUUGUGGGCUUGCGGUUGCUGAGGGGGUGGGUGCGGCCGGGAGGGGCCUAGCGCCUUGCUUGCGGAUUGGACAGCAGGCGGCAGACGGGAUGCGGGCAGGACACCAGUAGAUGUACGUGUCGGUGGCUGCCAUACCAAUAUCUGUGACGUACCCAGAGCGCUGACUGUGAUACCGUAGUAUCAGGACGCAUGGACAGUCAGUGGAGGCGGAGGCAUGCACCGAGUGCGCGCCGCGGCGCUGGCGCACUGGCGGCAACACGGGUGGCUGUCACUGCUUGGGUCAGAGAUGUACGGUAUCCACAAGGGAUGGCAUUUCACUCUGUGAUGCUGUGAUGCUGUGUGAAGCAAUGUUGCGUUUGUUGCAAAACUCCAGUCUCAAGUACGCGUUCGCACUCCGAUGCACAACAGCGCACCCGGCAUGGUUCCGGCGCGCACUCGCGACACCAGCCGGGUGCUCGCUCUGGGCACUGACUCCAGCCCACUGGCUUGUAAUUCAGUCAGUGC